CCCUUCCGCACGUGGGGCCCGGGCGGCGCGCUCCUGGGGCAGACGCCGGGCGCGGGCGUGCGGGCGGCUGCGGUCAGACUCCCACUCCGGCCAGGCAUGAGCCGCUACGUUCUGCCGCUGUCCGUGCUGGGCACGGCCGUGGGCGGCGCCGUGCUGCUCAAGGACUUUGUCGCCGGUGGGGCUUGUCCCAGCAAGGCCACCAUUCCUGGGAAGACUGUAAUUGUGACUGGUGCCAACACGGGCAUCGGGAAGCAGACCGCCCUGGAGCUGGCCAAAAGAGGAGGCAACAUCAUUCUGGCCUGUCGAGACAUGGAGAAGUGCGAAGCGGCGGCCAAGGAGAUCCGAGGGGAGACCCUGAAUCACCGCGUCAACGCCCGGCACCUGGACUUGGCCUCCCUUAAGUCCAUCCGAGAGUUCGCGGCGAAGGUCACUGAAGAGGAGGAGCAUGUUCACAUCCUGAUCAAUAAUGCGGCUGUGAUGCGGUGCCCCCACUGGACCACCGAGGACGGCUUUGAGAUGCAGCUUGGCGUUAACUACCUGGGCCACUUCCUUUUGACGAACUUGCUACUGGACAAGCUGAAAGCCUCCGCCCCUUCGCGCAUCAUCAACGUCUCGUCCUUGGCCCACGUUGCUGGGCACAUAGACUUCGAGGACUUGAACUGGGAGAAGAGGAAGUACGACACGAAGGCAGCCUACUGCCAGAGCAAGCUGGCCGUUGUCCUCUCCACCAAGGAGCUGAGCCGGCGGCUGCAGGGCACGGGCGUGACUGUCAACGCCUUGCAUCCCGGCGUGGCCAGGACAGAGCUGGGCAGACACACGGGCAUGCACAGCUCCGCCUUCUCCAGCUUCACACUCGGGCCCAUCUUCUGGCUGCUGGUCAAGAGCCCCCAGCUGGCGGCCCAGCCCAGUGUCUACCUGGCCGUGGCGGAGGAGCUAGAGGGUGUUUCUGGAAAGUACUUUGAUGUACUCAAAGAGAAGGCUCCGGCCCCGGAAGCUGAGGAUGAGGAAGUAGCCAAGAGGCUUUGGGCUGAAAGUGCCCGCCUGGUGGGCUUGGAGAUGUCCCAUGGAUCCACUGAGAGGGGACAGCCGCUCCCCGAAUAACCGCUGGGAACAGGCGUGGAAGCCUCCAGGCAGGCAGAGCCACUCCUGUGGCGGGCAACCAACCAAACCUAGCUGUCCUGCCCGCAGCAUCCACCAGGUGGCAGUAUUGACAAGGGCCCGGCUAGUCAGAGCUACGGGUUUCCCAGUAAUGUUUGGAUGUGAGAGUUGGGCCAUAAAGAAGGCUGAGCACCGAGUCUUUCAAACUGUGAUGCUGGAGAAGACUCUUGAGAGUCAACCAGUCCAUUCUAAAGGAAAUCAACCGUGAAUAUUCAUUGGAAGGACUGACGCUGAAGCUGAAGCACCAACACUUUGGCCACCUGAUGCAACGAACUGACUCACUGGAAAAGACCCUAAUGCAGGGAAAGAUUGAAGGUGGGAGGGGAAGGGGACGACAGAGGAUGAGAUGGUUGGAUGGCAUCACUGACUCAACGGACAUGAGUUUGAGCAAGCUCUGGGAGACAGUGAAGGAUGGGAAGCCUGGCGCGCUGCAGUCCGUGGGGCCGCAGGGUCAGACACGACUGAGCGACUGAACAUCAAAUUGCCCAAGGGUGCUGCCUGCCGUGCCUGCGGCUCCCUCUAGGUGGUGGCGUUGCCUCUCCUGGCUGCAGUGGAUCGGCCCCCAGGUGAGCACCCGGCCCGGGGCUCACAGGUGUGCCCUGCUGCCGACAGGUGAGGCGGGCCAGUGGACGCCUCCUUUGGGAAUCCACACCAGGAGUUUUGGGGCAGUGUCACCUGCCUCUGGUGGGGACCAUGCCUGAGACAGGAUGGCCCAUGGGCAGGUUUGUCUGACGCCGCUUGAGCGGGUUUGUGGUCCUCCGUGUGACUGUGUGACCUCCAGUCUCCUCUCAGCCUUGGCUUCCCCAGCCGUUCACCGGACUACCUCAUCACAUGGGGACGAGCUUCCCCUGGCUCAUCACCUUCCUUGCCAGUGGCUAUUUACUGAGGCCCUGCCGAAUGCUGGACCCCGGCGCGGUGCUGGAGACGCCCCCUCAGGAACAGACCCUGUUGUCUCCACAUCACACUGGUGACAUC